GAGUUUCUUCAAAUAUAUAAAAACCAAAGUUCUAAUCUAGAACAGAAAGAAAAGAAAAUUUUGCCAAAAUUAUAAGGAAAAACGAGAGUGAAAUCAACUAUGAGUCAGAGUUGGUGAGAGGCAUUUCCUCCAUUAUAUAGAGGAAGAGGAUCCUUGAGUCAGGGUAAUAGAUUUAUUAUUAGUUGAGGGACAUGUCAAUCCAAGCACAAAAGAGUAGCUCAAUGAAAAUCUGGUCCCCAUAAAGCUUGAAACUUGAGAGUUACCAUUUAGUCAGACCAGAAAGCUAACUGUAAAUGAAUAAUCAGAGCAAUUUGAAACGCAGUUACAUAGAGAUGGCGGAUGCCGCCGAUCAUCUCUCUUCACCUAUCAACCACUUUCACAGCAGCAGUAGCAAUGACAUGGUCGAGCCACAGACGGCCAUGGCCGACGAUGCUUGUAUACAACCACAACCACAACUGCAGCAGCAGCAGCAGCGACAGCACAUUGCUCUGCCUCCGUUGGUGGAGGAUUUGCUGAACCAACUUUGUAACGAGAGAAAGCAACCCCAGCCAAACUACGACGUCAGGCGGAGGCUGGGUUUGCUGGGCGAGGAGAAGGCCCUCCAACUCCUCCAUGAAAUCAAUAAGGCAAAAGUAAUCAAAACCCUCAGUGGCUUCAUCAUGUGGAUGAUCCGUAAUAAACCACAAUAUCAAUGUCCCUCUCCUUCUAAGUAUUGCCCUGCUUCUCUUCUGCAAACCCAAUUGUCUGCUUCUCCAUUUACGCCUUCUGUUCACAAAGAGCAACCUCUACGAGACCACGGAGGGCUGAGGCCACGUUAUUCCUAUUCCUCUGCCUCACCUUCAAAAGCUCUCCGUGUUUCUCCGUAUCAAGGCCCAUCAUAUGCUCCUCCUUCUACUAUUACUCCUGUUCAACUUUUUAAGGACGCUCUGCAUCUACCUCAACCUUUUACUCAAGAAAUGUUGGCCGGUUGGUUUUCUCAACCAUGCUCAGAGAUUGAGGAUAGGAUAUUCAGGCAUUGCCCAUGCUCAUUGGCCUUUCAGCAAGAGAAAGAGAAGAAGAAGACUCAAGCAAAAGCCGACACCACCGAGAAAGAAAAUCCUCCCGCCGAUGUUAUUGAGAGAGAGAACUCGGCCAAAUCUGUCGAUGCAAAUUCUGGGCGGGGCGAGAAAAGGCCCAACGCCCCCAUCCAAGGAGAUGCCCCCGCCGACAAUAUUAUGCCCUUACAAACAUUCAUUCGGCCCAGAAAAGUUCUGCGGAACCUAUCACCUCAAGGUUCCCCAAGGCCAGCUGAGCAUCCUUCCUCUUCUCAUUCGGUCAGGGCCGUGCAAUUGGCCACUACUUCAUCCGCUGUUCCGGAAACUCAACCUUCCACACUUGAGAAGGGAAUUGGGGCGCAAGCCAUGGCUCCAGUGGGCGAGGACGAGUCGGCCGAGGCCAAUACCACUGGGUACCCCGAGGAGGUCUCCACAGAGUCACAUGAGACUAUUCCCAUGCCCGAUGAUCACGCCCUUGAGCACGUGGCCGAGCUGACCAAGGAGGACUUCCCACACGUUUCGAACUCUCAGAUUGGAGAGUCUUCAUCCUUUGUUCCCGCCGAGAUUACCAUGAAUCCAUCAGCGGAGGAUGGAAGAAGUUUGGCCAUGGUCCCUCAUGAAAAAGCCUCUCUACCAUCCAUUCUCUCUGGUGAUAUUUUUGACUUCUUAGAUCAGUGGGAUGCAUCUAUAUCCUCGGCAGAGGCUUUCACCUGCCUUGCCACUUCUUCCACCACGACUGGGGCCCUACCAGAUUAUGGGGCUGAGGCCCUACUUUGGUCAUACAAAGAUGGAGAUCUCAUAUCCUUGGAGGACAAAGAUGAGAGAAACAAGCUCAAGGCCGCCAUCGAGACUUUGGCGAGUUCUGGCUUUUUCCCUGACCCACGCUCAGCGGCUAUGAUCACUUAUCUCUUUGGUCAGGUGGAAAAAUUUGCCCCUCGUCGCCGUUCUUUUCUGGAAGAGCAGAGGAUAGCCCAGGACCUUGAGCAGCGGAUUACCUCAUGUAGUGCCACAAUGAGGAAGAAGAUUGAGAUCGCCCGCCAGAUACAACAUGAGGCUGCAGAUAUCGAUGAGAAGGUAAGACAGCUUCAAGAGAAAAAGGCUGGCAUUGUUGCCAAAGUCUCUGAGAUUGUUCGGAGCAACAGGCCUCUCGAGGCUCAGCUUCGACAGGAUGUAGCAGCGGUAGGAGAGUACCGAGAGAGGAAGUUGAUGAUUCAGUCUACCUUGUCUGCUGGAGAUACCACGAUGAAGAGCUUUAGGACUGCCAUUCGCACCCUUUUUCCUGAUGCUUAGGUUCAUACUUGGCCACUGGUUGGCCCAUUUUGUACUUACUUAGUUUCUUUUUAUUUGGUCACCAUAUGUGGUAGAACUAGCUCAGUUUCUAAACCUUUGGUGGAUGCUUAGGCCAUUACUUGGCCCCCUUUUUGUAGUAGACUUUU